AAAAUGGAAUCAGAGGCGCCAAAGCUAGGGAGGUCACUGUUGGUGCCUAGUGUCCAAGAGUUAGCAAAGAAGCCAUUGCUAAGACUCCCACCUCAAUACGUACGUACCGAUGAAGACUCUCCCAUCUUAUCUCACACUAAUUCGUCGCCACAAGUUCCUGUUUUAGAUAUGCAAACCUUACUCUCCCAACAUGAACUGCAGCCGUUGCACCAUGCAUGCACAGAAUGGGGUUUCUUCCAGUUAAUCAACCAUGGGGUGAGCUCUUCAUUGGUGGAGAAAAUGAAGACGGAGACCCAACACCUUUUCAAUCUUCCAAUGGAAGAGAAGAAGAAGCUUUGGCAAAGACCAGAUGAAUUAGAGGGAUUCGGGCAGGCUUUUGUUUUUUCUGAAGAUCAGAAGCUUAACUGGGCUGAUAUGUUCUACAUGAUCACCCUUCCAACUUAUCUCAGAAAACCUCACUUAUUCCCUAAUCUCCCACUCACCUUCAGGGAAACCUUGGAAGCUUACUCUGUGGAACUGAGAAAUCUUGCCAUGAAACUAUUGGAACUUAUGGCAAAAGCUUUAGGAAUGGACUCUAAUGACAUGAGAGUGUUGUUUGAAGAAGGACACCAAGCGAUGAGGAUGAAUUAUUAUCCACCAUGUCCAGAACCAGAGCUUGCAAUUGGUCUCAACUCUCAUUCUGAUGCUAUCGGCCUCGCCAUUCUACUCCAGAUCAAUGAGGUGGAAGGUCUGCAGAUAAGGAAAGAUGGGGUUUGGGUUCCCAUUAAACCACUUCCAAAUGCUUUUGUCAUCAACAUCGGAGACAUUAUGGAGAUUGUAUCCAACGGGAUUUACCGAAGCGUUGAGCAUCGUGCGACGGUGAACUCAGUUAAAGAAAGGAUAUCAGUUGCUGCAUUCUACAGCCCGAAAUUGGAUGGAGAAAUGGGUCCGGCCCCAAGCCUGAUUUCUCCACAAACUCCGCCGCUGUUCAAGAGAACAGGCGUUGCCGAUUACUUCAAAGGUUAUUUCUCCCGUGAGCUCCAUGGAAAAUCCUAUGUGGACGUCUUGAGAGUUCAAGAUGAGGAGCAAAUCAAAACGAAAUAA